AUGGCUCGAGUUGAUAAUGUCAUAGCAACCCUGCUAGCAUUUGUUUUCGUUGUUCACGGUUUGUCUUCUUCAUCGACUGAACAUGCAAGUAGGAGAGAUUGGCUAAGACAGACUACUGGAGCCGCUGGGAUCUGUCUCUUUGGAAGCAUCAGUUCCCCAUCGUCAGCGACAGCAUCCGAUUCAGUACAAGAAUUGCCAGAUGUCCUUCGCAAGAUAUCAUUGGCGCCUCUCGGAAAACCCCAAACGUUUGAAAAUAAGUCUUUGAAUUUGCCAUUGGAAGAACUUGCCUCUCGAUUAACACGAGACUUGACCGUGGGUGCCAACGGAUCUGGCGGUUACUUUCUGACCGGAGACUUGUCCACCGAUAUUUUCAAAGACGAUUGCGUCUUUGCCGAUCCGACCAACAAUGUGGCCAGUCUCAGUCGCUAUCAAAAUGCCUUGAGGAUUCUUUUCGAUCCUGCAUCUUCUCAGAUUCAAUUGUUAUCACCACUGACGAUUCAUACGGAGACUCAACCAAAGACGAUUUCCGGCCGGAUUCGGUCCCGUGGAUACAUUCAACUGCCAUGGAGACCCUACGUGUCGGCAUACGAAAGUGAUAUUGUGUAUACUAUUGAUGAUGAAACUGGUCUUAUCGCUCGACAGGAUCAAGUUUGGGAUAGCAAGUCACCUUCAAAGGCUCUGAGGGAAAGCUUUACACCGUCAUCCUUUCUGUUCAACCAACCACCACCAAAAUCUUCCCUGAAGCCUUCACCAGCAGAGCCAAAGGCAGCUAGCCAGCUAUUUGAUUACAUUAAUGGCCGCAGACCCAACGAAUACACAUUCCAAGAGACAAAGGAAAUUGAAGGCUUGAUUCAAGAGGUUGUGGAUACAGGCAAAACGAAAAGUGAAAUUACCAACAAGCCAGAGUUCCAGCGUGGCUUGUUACCUGGAAGAUGGAUCUUGGCAUAUUUACAGCCUGGUCCCAAUGGAGUUGGAAUAGAUCGGCGGAUUCCUUUUCCUGACUUUGAUUUCAAUGACAAUUAUCAAGUAUUUAGUGAAUCCAGCAGCCAACAACAACCACAACAAGUGACGAAUAUCGGCCAAGUGCUGGGUCCAUGGAUUGACGUCAAGGUGUCAGGGAUGCUACAAGAAGAGGAUCCAUCCUCCACUAGAAUCCCAAAACGAUUUCAAGCCAAUAUUAAUGGAGGCAAGCUAUGUGUCCAUGCUGGAAGCAAUACAGAGGGAGCUUGUGUGGGGCUUCCGAUAAAAGGGGAAGGAAUUUUCGAUAGUUUGUAUCUUGGGGAACGGUUAAGGAUUGGCCAGAAUAUUAAUGGAGGUGGUGCAAGAGUAGUCCAAAUACGAUUAGAUUAG